AUGUCCAACCCCUAUCCCUCCCUCGCCAACAUCUCGGCCAUCCCCCCGUCCUUCCUCCAAGGCAACGGCAACAUGUCGGAUCAUCUCAAUAGGGCGAAUCUGCAACAAAUGGGCGCAGACUACGGAAUUCAGAUGCCAGGACAGCAGCAGGGGAUGUACAAGCCUCAGCAGCAGUUCAACAUGUCUGCGCUCGCAAACAUCCCCGCCUCGGCUCUGGACGGUAUCCAGCUCCCCGGCCAAUCGCAGCAUGCGAUGCAGCUCCCCCAGCAACAACAAUCCCAGCCGCAAUCGAAUCAAACCAACAACUUCAACCAGGCGCUGCAGACCUUCCAGCGGAUGCAGGCACAGGAGAGCCAAAAGACGGAACAGCAGCGGAUAGGCAUGGGGAAUGGCCAGUCCGGACAGGCUCAGCAGCAAUUACCGCAGAGCCAGCUCGGGCAGCAGCAAUUCUUGCAGCAGAUGGGGCAGAUGGCGCGGCUGCAGCAACAGCAGGUGCAGAGGCAGGUGGGAGGCGGUAAUGGGGUGCAGCAAAUGGCGAACAUGAAUGGGGUGAACAUGCAGGCGGUCCUCGCGGGGAUGGCGCAGGGCAUGGGGCAGGGAGGGCAGGGGCCGAAUAUGCACUCGCAACAGCAGGGCUUGCAGCAGGGCGGAAGGAGCGGCGACGAGGAUAUGGAUGCGAGUCGGAGGAUACAACUGCAAAACAUGCUGGCGCAAACGCUUGCUCCCGGGGUCGGUGGGCCUCAACAGCAGCAACCGUAUCAGCAACAGACACAGCUCCCCCCACCUUUCCAAUCUCAGCAACAAGCCCCACAGCAAUCCAGCGGCAACAACUCGAACCUCCACCCUGAUCUUUUACAGGUCAUCAUGAAGCUCCCGACCCAACAACGCGAAGCGCUCAUGUCGAAGCACAACGGCAAUCUCUCGGCGGUGAUGCACGAGCUCAUGCAGCAUGCGCAGCGGGCGCAACUACAGCAGGGACAGGGGCAAGGCGGAUCUACCCCAAACUUGCAGCAGGCACAGCCUCGGCAGGCGCUGGCGAUAUCAGUCAAUGGCAUGACUCAGCAGCAGAUGCAGCAGCAGCAACAACAGCAGCAGCAGCAAGGAAGGGGAGGUCAAGGGCAUCAGAGAUCUGACAGCCAGCAGAUGAUGGGGAACCAGGGGCAGGUGACUACGCAGAUGCAAGGGCAGGUGGGGAAUCCGGGGCAGAGCGGGCAGGGAGUCAACUUCGACCCCAAGCAGUUUGAGGCUCUGCAGCAGAUGAAGGAACGCCAACAACGUCAAUCCGGACUCAUCACUCCUCAAAUGCCCCACAAUGCUGCUCUGCCGAUGGUCUCGCCCCAACCUCUCCCCCAGAUGCUGCAAGUCCAGCAGCAACAGCCGCAGCAGCAAUACCGUCAGACCCCGCAAAACGUACCCGCUCAAUUACCGCCCCAACAGAACUUCGCUCCACAGCAGCAGCAGCAGCAGCUCCAGCAGCAACAACAGCAGACUCAGGCCGGCGGACGACCAAAUCAGGGCCAGACGGAGGACGGACCGAAGAGGAGCACGGUCGAAAUCAUUAGGACGCUCACGGACGAGCAGCUCAGGGGGUAUACGGCGAAUGUACUGAAGAGACUGGUCUCUGGGCCUUCUCCGAAGGACGAUCCCUCUCGCUUCCAACUCUUGACGCUGAUCUCGGACUUCAAGAGGCGGGAUAUCGCUGUUCCGCAGGAAGCGAUCAAUGCUAUUGGAGCGAUUCUUGGUAAUGGUCCCGGAGUCCAGCAGAUCCUCGGCGCCAACUGGCAAGCCAUCCAAGCUUUCGCUCAGCGGUCGGCGGGACAAGUCCCUAGCGGUCAAUCCAAUCAAUCCCAACCUACUGUUCCUGCACAGUUCCGUCAACCCCAACUCCCCCAGCAAUUACCACAAGCUCCCUACCCACCUCAGCGCCAAUCAUCCAUGACAGGUAGCGCAGGGAACCCCAUCGAAAUCGUCACUCCUAAACUCGGCUCCUCGUCCGCCCUUCCAAACCCCUAUACACCAAAUAGCCAAAAUGGACAGCUUCAACCGGUACCUGGUCACCAUCGUGCUGCGAGCUUUACGAGCGGCAGAAACUUCGUCCCGUCCCCGCAACAAGCUCAGCAGUCCAUUCCUCCUCCUCAGCAGGUGCAGAACCCGACACCUCGGUGGGGCGGUAUGGACUUCAGCGGGGAACCACUCCCGUUUAGCGAGGCGCAGAUAUGGGACUCGCUUAAGAAGAUGCACAAGCGGCAGGAUCUGCCUAUUCCCAUUGUCGAAGGACGGCCGAUUGACGUGUACGCGCUGUUUGGGCUGGUACAUCGGAAUGGAGGGUCUGCAAAGCUCGACCAAAACCCGGUCAUGUGGCAGAUCGUAGCUGGACAUCUCGGUUUCGGGCAAAACACAGGCGAACAACCCGCUCGCGCAUCUCAGGUGACGGCCAGCGAGCUUCGGCGGACGUACGCAGGAUACCUCGGCGCCUUUGAGGAGGCGUGGUACAAGAAGCUCUACGAGAACCAGCAGAUGCGCAACCAUUCACAACAACCGCAGAUGCCUCGUCAGUCCAUCUCGAACCCCAACUACGCCGCGAGCCAGUCGUCCAUCUCUUCCAAUCAGUACAACGGGCCCAUACCGGGAUCGGUCGGAUCGUCCACCCAGGCACUGCCGGUACAGCAGAUGCAGAUGCUCCAGCAGCAGCAACAGCAGUUCCAGAACUUGCUGCAGCAGGCUCAGCAGACGAACCAGCCUUUCCCGCCGGGUCUGUCGGCGCAGCUUCUCGAAGCCGCCUCGAAGAACAACGGUGUGCUUACCGAUGCGCAACGGCAGUACAUCGAGCAGGCGCGUCGAGGGUCGCAGGCCACCAGCGGGGCGAACGGGACGCCAAACAUGUCGACGGUGGGGUUGUCGACGCCGGGGCAGUCGAGCCAGAUGGGGCUUCCUCAGAUGCAGGGAUUGAACCCGCAGAUGGGCAAUCCAGCGGCAGCGGCGAUGUUAGCCGCGCAGAAUCAAGCGCAGAUUGCUUCGGCGUCGCAGUUCGGUGGUGGGCCGGCGGUGAUGCAGCAUGCGGCACAGACGCUGAAGGGGAACCCGCAGCUCUGUCUUCAGUGGAUCAAAUCCAAAGAGGAGCAGAUGAAGAGCAAGUUCCCGACACGCUUUGUCGAGGUCGCUGAGCCAUUACGCCCGCAACUUUUGGCCGAUUUACGUACGCUUGCGGGUGCGGCAAGAGACGCGCAGGAGCGGAUGCCAAAGUACCAGCUGGUAGCGGCCGAGCGGAGUCCAGAGGAGUUUGCCAAGAUUUCGGGCCUGAUUCAGCUGUACAUGGCCAUCCUCAUCACGUACCAACACGCCGAGCAGGGUCGAUUCUGCUUCUCCCCCGACCACGUCCACAAGCUCAAAUACCAGCUCGCUACGCUCAUCACCAAUGCCAAUACCCUAUACGAGGAGUAUCGAGCGGGUCCGGAAGGGCCUGCGCGCGUCGACCGGCUCUUUGGCGGGUUCGUCAAAGCGUCUCCCAGGGAUACGGGCAAUAACGGCGGUGGCAAUACCACAGCUCUGGCGGCUAACAUGCCCAAGGGUCUUCGGGUGGAGGAUCUCAAGCCUCCACCGUCGAAGCGCGCCAAGGGCAAGGCCGGGGCGGGUACCAACAGCUCGCCUGCGCCAGGAGCGGCACCCACUCCGGAAGCUGCCAAGACCCCUGCUUCCCACCUCGCCGAUAGUCCCAUCGCGACUUCCAGUCCAGCCGGACCGGUCAAGAAGGCAAGCGCGAAGCGGAAACGGGGCGCAACGGUCACGGUCAAGGAGGACAAUAAGGAUACGGGGGCCAAGGAGUCGCCUUCAGGUCAUAUGCCUCCACCACCGGCGCCUCAGCCGGUAGAUGUGGUCCCGACGGCAGCAGAGAUGGCUGCGGCGCAGCAGCGGGCGUUCUUCAAAGCGAGAGCGGAGGUGGAGAAGGGUGAAACGGACAUCUUGGCUGCGCUGCACAGUGCGGUCGAGGAGUUCAACAAGGCGCUCUCUACCCCUACGGGGACGAUACCUCCCUCCGGAACCGGAACGGCCAAACCCGAUACGGAGACGGACCGAUCCUUCUUUGCCCAAUGGAUCGAUGUGGAUCAGCUGAACGAGCUGCCCACUCCCGAGCUGUAUCAUCCCGGCUGGACCGAGGAGGAUCUGGAUACCUCGCCAGAGAGCAUCAAGACCGUUCCGAGCACGACGCAGCUGGUGGUACCUCUGCCGGCGGUCGAGAAGGUGGAUGAGGGGGAUGAGGAGAGGCGAUUGAUAGGAUUGAGUCCUGGGAGUGCGGCGUAUAAUGGGGGAUUGUUUUGGGAGGAGUACGAUUUCGGGACGGGGAUAGCGAUGUGA